UCCAUGAUCAAUUCGUUUCCAUAGCUAUCACCUUCCUUUCCCGUAAAGAUGCCCUACAAUAGUCGUCGACCCUUCUCGCCGGUAAGUUUCUUACCUCACACUGCCUCCAUUCCACCUUCUUCUUCUUGAGCCAAUGGGUUUAAGUUUUAGAGCUUGAAUCAUGCCAUCUAGACCAAAACAUCGAUACGAAAACGGUGAAUCUGAUAGCAAAUUCGACAGCUUGAAGCGUGUUAACUUGUGACAAUCUACUAAUGUCUUUCCCCAAGGCAUCGAAAUCUUCUAAGAUUUUCUGGGAUCCAUUCAUUAUCUCAAAGACUUUGUGGAAUCCCUAUAUGUGGUGUGUAGAUGUAAGCAUGAUUGAAUCGAUUGGUGUUAAACUGAGUUGGGAUUCUCUCGAUUUGUUUGAAGGAAACGUAAAACCGAUGUCAUUGGAACAUUUGGAGAUUGAUUUUGAAUAUGUAAUGGUGGGUGUUUUUGAUCCAGUUGUAGAUGACCAACAUUUGAAGGAAAGGUCGAGAUUUAGUGAUAGGGAUGGAUACAUUGUCAACCUAGAGGGACACAAAGUGAUUUUGCUAGUGAGAAUGUUAAGCAUUUGUAGGCUAUCAGUGGAUCAUACUUAUAAGUUAUAUCCAAGUAAAUUGUUAUUUCUUGUAUUGCCUUUCAUGAUGAAUUGUUUUAGAGAUAAUAGUUUGGAAGAAACUGAGCUCACUCACACUGCCAUUGAUAAAGCUCAAUGUGUCCAAGCUUUUGUAUCAGAGCUGAAUCCUGAUACAAACACCAACACAGAGGAGUUGCCAAUUUCUUCAUCUCAACUAGUAGAUGACAACCCGAAUCGCCAAUUGUCAUCAUCUAAUGAGGAAAUUGAGCAUGAUGUAGAAGAAAAUAAUGAAAAAUAA